CGACCUUUCAAACUCCAACGAGGCUUCAACUUUUGAAUAAGGCCGAAGUCAUUGCCAACCACUCUCACCAGCUACCUGGCAAUGGCGACCUUAGCAGACGAACUACUUAACGACUUUGAGGAUUCCGGCGACGAAAACAACGACAACGCAAAUGGUUUUCGAGACGGAGACGAAGCAGACCAUACAAAUAGCCUGGAACUCGCGACCGAACACAUAGAGAGGGAUGGCGACGAGGAAGAGCUGGAAGAUGCGGAGGAAGAACUUGCUGCUCAGGAGGCUAGCGCCAAUGCCGUCGAGGCCGUCGACGAUGAGGAAGAUACCAAGGCUAAGGUUGAAAAGAUGCGACUGGGAGGCGUGCGCGAUGUCAGAAGCGUAGCCGGUCUCAUGAAGACUCUAGAGCCUGUUCUCGAGAAAAUAGCACAUUAUCAAAACAUACCGCCCGAUCAACGGACGACGACGGUCGGCUCCGUCGAAGAUAACCCCGAGUACGCCCUCUUGACUCAGGCAAACUCCCUGUCUACACAGAUUGACAGCGAAAUCAUCCUAGUCCACAAGUUCAUUCGCGAUCACUACUCUGCACGUUUCCCGGAAUUAGAGACCCUCGUGGCCAACCCGAUCGAUUAUGCCAAAACAGUCGCGAUCAUCAGAAACGGUCCUAUAGACAACAUCAAAAGUUUAGCCGACUCUAGCGAUAACAUUGUCGGGGCUCCUCUGAGGGCUGUCUUGGACGGACCGACGUUGAUGGUUGUCACAGUGGAAGGCACAACAACAAAAGGUCAAGAUCUGAGCGAACAAGAACUUGAAACAACCCUUCGGGCCUGCGAAAUGGUUCUGCAGCUGGACAAAGCCAAGAAGAUCUUGACCGAAUACGUGCAGUCAAGAAUGAACGUCUUUGCUCCAAACCUCACCGUGCUUAUUGGUUCGCUUACUGCUGCUCAAUUGCUCAACUUUGCCGGUGGGCUCAAGAACCUCGCAAAGACACCUGAUCGCAACGUCCCUGCAAUGGGUUCAAAGAGGCAGAGGCAGAGUGGCUUAGCCACCAAUGUGGGGAUUCGACAACAAGGUUACCUCUACCAUUCACCCCUCAUACAAGAAAUCCCAAAUGAUCUAAGGGUGCAGGCGAUGCGAAUUGUGUCAGGGAAGCUCAUCCUUGCUGCUCGAGUCGAUAGCGUUCAUCAAUCCCGCGACGGCUCAACAGGCGAGCAACUACUCAACGAGUGCCUGCGGCGGCUCGAUAAGCUAACCGAGCCCCCACCGAACAGAGGUGUGAGGGCUCUGCCCGCCCCCGAUGACAAACCAAGCAGAAAGCGUGGAGGAAGAAGAGCCCGCAAAGCGAAGGAAGCAUAUGCCAUGACCGAGCUCAGGAAACAACAGAACCGCAUGGCGUUUGGUAAAGAAGAAAGAGAAGUGGGCUACGGAACCGGAGAGGAGACAGUGGGACUUGGCAUGAUUGGUGCUCAAAAUGAGGGCAGGAUACGAGCCACACAGGUCGAUCGUCGAACCAUGGCGAAGUUGAGCAAAAAGAAUCCCGGCUGGGGUGUCUCUGGUACGGCAACAAGUUUGAACAACGGCACAACCACUUCCCUGCGAGGCUUUGGAUCUUCUGUUGGUGGGGGAAACGUUACUGCACUCCGAGCUCAAGGUCUUCGAACCAGUAGCGUUGGGGCAGGCACUGCAAGUUCGAUCGCAUUCACACCCGUCCAAGGCCUUGAGUUGGUCGAUCCCAAAGUGCAGGCCGAGCUGAAGAGGAAGCGCGAGGCUGAAAGCGCGGGUUACUUUUCAAGUGGCACCUUUACUCAAGUCAAUUCUUCAGCGUCAAAUGGAGGGUUCAAGGUGCCUGGAUUGCCUCCGACAAAGAAGACUAAUAUGGGUCCUCCCGCUACGCCUGGAAAAUGAGCUGGGAGAAGACACUGUUAUUUUCUUGCUGCUGGGCGCCGUCUGAAGCACGGGCCUUCGAGACAUCUUCAAGUAACAAUGCAGUGAAACCAAUUUUAGAGGCAACACAGUGCUGUGGGAAGCACUAUGUUGGAAGAGCCUCCAGACAGCUCGGUGGUUUGCAAGUGAGGUAUGUACUCGCUGACGCACGGCAUGGUACCUCGAUUUAUCAAGGUAUAGCUACGGAAGCAAGGCAUGGAGCAUUCCGGAAGGAAGCACAAACAAGGGGCCCUCGCUCUACCCGUCCCCCGGUGUGCUGGGGCCCAAAAAACAGAAGAAACGAUGAGAGCGUCUGGUGGACCAAGUUGAGAGACAGCCAGGUUGAGGUAAAAGGUUACGGUAGAGCAUGAUGCUUCGAACCCGUUGGUCUCCCUCAGCCCGUCUCGGAUCGUCCCAUUUCACCGAGCAUCUGCGGAAGGAGAAGCACGGGCGGAGAAGUCGGUCUAAGCCGCUUGUUCGAGCAUGUUUAUGAACUGUCUACAGUCGAUUUAGCGAGGUCACCGAGUUAUAUCGGAUUGGCAGUGUCCAGAUGGGGGGAUGAGUGAGCGGACUGUGACGGCGUGGGCUGGUUGCGAGAGCAAACAAAGACACUACACGGGAAGAGCCUCGGAGCCUUGUUCUUUCAGCACAGUGGCCCCAAGGGUUGAUCCCCUCUCCGGGUCUCCUCGCCAUGGUCGAAUGGUCAUGUCAGUCCUCGAGAUACGAAGCAGAACGGUGUGGAGAGUGACAGGCGAGGGUGGAGGGAUAUCACGCUCCCGGUUUUCGAUGAACAAUCCUUUUUGGGUGUGGGACCCUGGGAUUGUCCUUUCUACGUACACAGAGAGGUAGGUAGGUAUCCAAAGGUCGAAAGCGUCCCAGAUCGAUAAGAGUGAAAGACAGCGUUAUUUAUUAUGUCCCCAUCAUCAUCA